GGUGUCUAAUGUGUUUUCUUAGACACACCACCUGUUUCCUGUCUAUUAGGAAAUCUGUGCUCCAUCGACUGAUCGGAUGUAGCAAAGUCAGCAGGGAGCAUUUCACCUGCUGCAGCUCUGUGGAAAAGCUGCUGACUCAGUGAUGAGUGAAAAAAGGAAAGUGGGAGUGGUAAGGAUGGAGUGUGAAGGAAAAGGAGGGGGGUGAAAGGAUGAAGAGAGACUGCAGAGAGAGGAAAGCGUCACUGAGCACAUUUAGCACUCUCAGCCUUCCGUGUAUGGGUGUGUGUGCGCUCAGACCUCAUACAGGCUCUCCUUGUUUUGUUUUGUUUUUUUAGUUUUUUUUUGGGCUCCAACACAAAUUUGGCUUUCUUUUUCUCUCCAACACAUAACUGCAUCAAGAGGGUUCUUUCCCACUGGAUACUUCAUAUUUGGGAAAUGGAAUGUCCACCGAAAGUCUGUGUUCAGAGUAAUGCCAAUCUUGACGUCAUGAAGGCUGGAAGUAUCCUGAGAAAAGCAACGUCUCGCAUGUGGAAAGGAUACCGCCACUACAAACUGCAGGACGAUGGCAAGACUGUCAUGUACAAAUCCAGCUGGGCUAUAAACUCUUAUUCAACCUUCUCUGUAGGUGAUGUGGAGGAAGUGCGAGAGGGCCAUCAGUGUGAAGUGUUCCUCAGUAUGCCAGAUGAAUUCCCUCCAGAAUUCUGCUUCACACUGGUGUUUCGUGGCCGCCGUGGGAACCUGGACCUUGUGGCCUCAUCAGCUGAGGAGGCUCAGGCUUGGAUUCAGGGCAUGCGGAUGCUAAUAGAGACCCUGCAAAACAUGGAUGAGUGUGAAAAACUUGACCAAUGGGUCUCUGACUUGUUUAUGACAGCAGACAAAAACAAAGAUGGAAGGAUAAGCUUUAAGGAGGUUCAAAGGCUGCUAAAGCUUAUGAACAUAGCAAUGAACGAGCUCCAUGCAAACGCUCUUUUCACGAUGUCUGAUAUGAGCCAGACAGGCACGCUGGAUGCGGAGGAAUUUUUCCACUUCUAUAAGAUGCUUACACAGAGGAAGGAAAUUAUAGAGUUAUUCCAAGAGUACUCCAGUAAUGGACAGGUGCUUUCCCACUGUGACCUGGAGGAAUUCCUGAGAGAGGAGCAGCUGGAGGGCGAGAGGAGUCAUGAACAUGCGCUUGAGUUGAUCCGCCAGUAUGAACCCUCAGAUACUGCUAAAAUCCACAAUGUCAUGUCAGUUGAUGGUUUUCUGAUGUACCUGAUCUCAGCUGAAGGCUCCAUCUUCAACUCAGAAUACCAGCAUCUCUAUCAGGAUAUGACACAGCCUCUCAGUCAUUACUUCAUCUCCUCCUCACACAACACAUACCUUUUAGAUGACCAGUUGAAAGGGAGGAGCAGUGUGGAAGCGUACAUUAAGGCUUUGAAACGAGGCUGUCGCUGUGUGGAGGUGGACUGCUGGGAUGGCCCAAAUGUAGAACCCGUUGUUUACCAUGGACACACUUUCACAUCCAAGAUUCUGUUUAAAGAUGUUAUUUCCACAGUGGCGAAAUAUGCCUUUGAGGUAUCGGAUUACCCACUCAUUUUGACAAUUGAAAACCACUGCAGCAUUGAACAACAGACAGUCAUGGCUGAGCUCUUAAAGAAUAUCCUUGGUGACAUGCUGCUGAAGACUACAAUAGAUGGAAAGGUGCCCAGUGUGCUGCCAUCACCGGAGGAACUUAAGGGGAAAAUCCUGCUGAAAGGAAAGAAGAUUGGAGAACUGGAGCAGUGCUCAGAUGUCGACAAUCUAGAAAGCAGUGAUUUGAGUGAUGAAGAUAAGGCUGUGGACACGGACAAUCAGGCCACAGAGAGCAGGAAAUCAAAGGAAACUCUAUCCAAGGAGCUUUCAGACCUUGUCAUAUACUGCAAGAAUGUUAAGUUCAACAGCUUUGAGCACUCGGGUGCCUACAGCAAGCCUUAUGAGAUGUCCUCCUUCUCUGAGUCCAAGGCCCGCAAACUUAUCAAAGAAGCUGGAGCUGACUUUAUUCAGCAUAACAGAAGGCAUCUAAGCAGAGUGUAUCCUAGUGGCCUGAGGACAGACUCUUCAAAUUAUUGCCCCCAUGAAAUGUGGAAUGUGGGAUGCCAAAUUGUGGCCUUGAAUGUCCAGACAGCAGGAGUGGAGAUGGAUCUUAAUGAUGGGCUCUUCAGUCAGAAUAACCACUGUGGAUAUGUUUUGAAACCUGAGAUCUUGUGCAACAGUGAACCAUGUUUCGACCCAGAGAGGCCAGACGACCGGAAGGAUUACUGUCCUCUCAGCCUCACUAUCCAGAUAAUAAGUGGCCAACAGCUUCCUAAAGUAAGCAAAAAAGAGUGGUCCAUCGUAGACCCUUUGGUAAGGGUGGAGAUCUAUGGUGUACCUCUUGACCAGACCCAGCAGGAAACCAAACACAUUGAGAACAACGGAUUCAACCCAUACUGGAAUGAAACAUUACAGUUUGUGGUCCAUACGCCCGAGCUGGCAAUAGUACGCUAUGUUGUGGAAGACUAUGACAAGACAUCCAAGAAUGAUUUUAUAGGGCAAUACACACUCCCUUUCUCCUGCAUUCAACCAGGGUAUCGUCAUAUCCAUCUUUUAUCAAAAGAUGGCACUAGCAUUUGCCCAUCAUCUUUGUUUGUGCAUAUUAAAAUUAAAAAGGCAUCUUAGACUGUCUACCAGGAAUAUCAAGUAUGACAAGAAGCAUCCUGGAGACGCACUGAGGGAUACAUCCACCCACCCGAAGGCUGUCUUUACUAAAGAAAUCUGUGCUGUUGCAUGUACACACAUCGUAUUUUAUAAAUCAUAAUGCAUUACCAUUUUUGCCAUUUGUAGCUGCUCUGCACAUAAAGCAAAUAUACAAACACCAAAGAAACUGUUGUAUUUAGCAGUCAAGCUUUAUUGAACUUGUCUUGAGGUAAAGACUAAAAUAUGCCAUGUAUUUAUAUAUGUAUUAUAUAUGUAUAUUUAUAUAGUGCUUCUGUUAUACUGUUGGAAGCAUUUUGCUGUUAUGUUUUGUUUUUUUGUCCACUUUUCCCCUUCGAGGGAAUAGUCACUGCAAAUCAAUACAAUGUUCUUCUGACUGAUCAUUUCUAUCCUGAUGGGAGUGGUCUCUUCCAGGAUGACUCCGCCCUCACCCACAGGACACAAGGGCUUACUGAAUGGUGUGCACUGGCCUUCACAAUCACCAGAUCUCAACCCAAUUAAACAACUAUGGAGGAUUUUGGACUGACAUGUUAGACAGUGCUCUCAACCACCAUCAAAAACACCAGCUGAGGGAAAUUCAUUUGGAAAAACUGUGUUCAUCCCUCCAAUACAGGUCCAGAGACUUGUAGAAUUAAUGACACCUGUCUCUCUUUCUCUGUCUUUCUGCUGUCUCUCAAUCUAUCUAACUAUCCAUCUAUCUAUCAUGCCAUCAUGCCUUCAUGCUCAACUGAUAAAAGGUAUUCUCAAGUGUUAAACAUAUAACCGGAAUUUUUUGAAAAAAAAAUUCCAUACAUGUUAUUGUUUUGUAAGAAUAAGAGUCUGUUAGUCUCAAGUACUGCAGUAUCCAAGAGAUAAAAAUGUCAGUGGCCAAGGCCUAAACAUGCCAUCUUGUCUAGCAUGAAAAGGAAGACAUCAAAGGAAAUAAGUACACAGGUAGUACACAGGAAAGAUUUGGGGGGCGAUUAGUGGCCUUCAUGAUCGUGUUUUGGAUGGGAAGAGAGGCGAAUAAAGGAGCUAUAGAGAGAAACAGAUGUAAGAGAGAGAGGUGAGUGGUGGCACAGACUCUUACGUUUGUAAUGAGAUAAAGGCAGAGGUACAACAUACUCUAAAUUCUAAAAUCUGAUUACAUUCCUUUGGGCAGAAACUGAGAGGCAACAGCAAAUAAAUAGGCCUCAAAAACUUGAGAUGGGUUAGUAAUGUUAGCCCUUCUCAAGUUCUUCUUUUUUUUUUCUAUAUUUCUAUAUGUCUUACUUUCCUUAACCGUUUCCCCUCGGACAUCAAUUUUUACCAUCCAAAUUGUUCUUGCUGGACCCAUUUCACUGAAUAAACUAAAGGAAUAUGUUG